AUGAUUCUCACCGACAAGGAUCUGCAGCUGUUGAGCAGCAUGCAAGCCGCCAGCCAUGGCAAAGAUCUAAAUGAUCUUAAGAUUGAAUUCGACGGCACCACCGUUCUCUGCCGGGUGUGCGGCGACAAAGCCUCCGGAUUUCACUACGGCGUUCACAGCUGUGAGGGAUGCAAAGGUUUCUUCCGUCGCAGCAUCCAGCAGAAGAUUCAGUACCGCCCCUGUACAAAGAACCAGCAAUGCUCCAUAUUACGAAUCAAUCGCAAUCGCUGUCAGUACUGCAGGCUGAAGAAAUGCAUCGCCGUUGGCAUGUCACGAGAUGCCGUCCGGUUCGGACGUGUCCCAAAACGCGAAAAGGCCAAGAUUCUCGCUGCAAUGCAAAAGGUGAACGCCCACUCGUUGGACAAGGCGCUGUCGGCAGUGCUGGAGGAUGAACAGUGCAUCAGCGUCACCAUCGCCACGGCUCACGAGGAGACCUGCGACUACACCCGAGAGAAGGUGGCCCCACUGCUGGAGGCUGCUCGCAGUCGCCCAGUGUACGCUCAGUGUCCCCCAUCAAUGACGUGUCCACUCAAUCCAAUUCCCAUUGGCACACUUGAUCCAGCGCAGUCGGCGCGCAUCCUGGAGGACUUUAGUGAACGAUUCAGUCCGGCGAUCCGCGGCGUGGUCGACUUUGCGAAGCGCAUUCCCGGUUUCGGUAUGCUCUCGCAGGAAGACCAGGUCACACUUCUCAAGGCUGGCGUCUUUGAAGUGCUGCUCGUGCGUCUCGCCUGCAUGUUCGACUCGCCCUCAGCGUCGAUGGUCUGCCUGAACGGCCUGGUGCUCCGCCGUGACGCCCUGCACUCGGCCUCCAACGCCCGCUUCCUCCUCGACUCGAUGUUCGACUUUGCCGAGCGACUUAACUCCCUUCGUCUUUCCGACCAUGAGAUAGGCCUCUUCUGCGCCGUGGUCGUUAUCGCUCCUGAUCGUCCCGGUCUCCGAAACGUUGAUCUCGUCACAAAGAUAAACAAGCGUCUGGAGGAGGUUCUGCAGAAGACAAUUGCCGGCAACCACCCCAAUGACGUCGCCAGUGGACAGCUGAUCUUCACUGAGCUCACCAAGAAGAUUCCCGACCUGCGAACGCUAAACACGCUGCACAGUGAGAAGCUGAUUGGCAAAAACUUUAUCGCCGGCGAGUCAGUGGCCAGCAGUACCACCAACCAUCAUCAUCAUCACCAUCAGGAGAUGGCCAGCUCGGGCGCAGCAGCAGUGCACUCCCACCACAGCCACCACAGUCAGUCUUCACAGCAGCAGCCGGACAGCUCGGACAACUCACCCUCCGACCGCUGGUCCUCCUCCAGCUCACUGGGCCACUUCUCACCGGCGACCAGCACCGAGGACGGUCGCUCCGUCUCGCCGACCAGCGGCCCCUGGGGCGAGCACCAGCAGAAGCAGCAGCAGCAGCAGAGCAGCUCUUCUGACUCUCAGGCCUUCGGCUCGCCUCGAUCCAUGUCCAGCAGCAGUGGGGUGAGCAGUGAGGACUCGCACUCUCGCAAGGGCUCCAUCUCGCUGCCCUCGGCGCCGCCGAAGCUCGCCUACAUCAACAGCUACGUCCGGGGCCUCUCUUCGCCGGUGGUGGUCAGCAGCGAACACGGCCACUGUCCGGCGGUGGUCAGCUCGGAGGAGGCCGCCGCCUCGACGGCGAGUUCUCACUACAACUCCAGCCAUCAUCUGCACCCGUACAGCAAGCCAGUGCAGCACCCCGUCAACGGCCACCACCACCAGCUGAGCACUACUGUCUCAGGACAGCAACAGCAGCAGCAGCACCGCGUCGACUCGCCCACCGAUUCCGGCAUCGACCACCACUCCUCCUCCGUCUGCUCUAGUCCCUCUCGCUCCUCUGCGGUCUGUCCGGUGGAGGAGUCCUCCUCCAAGUGCAGCAAACUGUCGGUGGUCAUUGCCGGCAGCAGCAGUCCUCGCAGCCACUCGGACCACAGCGGCAGUGCGCUCACCUCCUCUUCCAGCGACUCGGAGUGCAGUGAGAAGCAGGAAUCGAUUGACGACAUGCCCGUCCUCAAGCGAGCCCUGCAGGCGCCGCCGCUGGUGAACACGAACAAGCUGAUGGACGAGGCGUACCGCCAUCACAAGAAGUUCAGGGCGGCCGCACGACGAGACACCGAGCCGCACAGUCCCUCGACGACCACCGGUCACAGCGGCAGCCACUCGCCGCUGCCCUCGCCGGUGGCCACCGUGGUCACCUCCUCACCGCCGGCGCCGAACUCCUCCUCGAUCUCCUCCUCCUCGCUCGCCUCGACGCACAGUACGCUGCUGAAGACACUGGAGCAGCCGUCGCGGUACCUCAGCGAACAGCAACUCAAGCGAACUGAUCUCAUUCACAACAUCAUCAUGAACAGCGAGGCAGUGACGGCCGCCGCCGCCUCCGCCCUCUCCGCCUCCGUCCCCGUGGCGGCGCAGCUGUCCUCGCCGGUCUACCAGCAUGGUCUCUUCAGUGGUGCCUCCGCCAAGGACUCCCUGUACCCAGCCGCCAUUGUUGGUGAACUUGAAGAACGCUACGUUGAAAAUGAAAGUGACAAAAUGAUGAUCAAGUAA